CAGCUCCCUGCUCGCAGAGAGUGAAACAAACAUGGCGACAGAAUGGAGUGGACAGGGGUAUGUUCUAACUUUGAUCGUUUUUCUCUGGGGCGCAGUGGCUGGGCGAAUGGAGACAGUUGUCGAGGGGAUCAGCGGCAGCCGGAUCUUGGGCAUGCGGCUGGAAAAGAGCGACAAACCAGCCACGACCACUGAUGACGGAGUCAUCCAGGUAACGGAGGAGAGCAGCGUCCAGCUCAGGUUUUAUGGGGUGCAUAUGAACUCUGGCACCUGGUCACAGAUCAGGUUCACGGAGCACGGGGACAGCGGAGAGGAGGGAAACAGUAAUGACAAUAUUAACAGGACUUGUGCCGAUUUUACCAAAGACAUCACCAUCAGCAAUUACAUGAACGUCAGUAAGCUGGGCACAUCGGGGGUGCUCGGAAUUAACAUUAAACCGCUCCGCAAGAGCGAGCCACAGAAGGAGUAUGGUCUGUGCGUCAAGAGUAGUCCCGAAGACAGGUGGCACUUGCUGGGGGACAGCGAUGGCAGGAUGCUGGUGGUUGAGGAGAAAAAGCCGCUGAUGCCGAUAUGGUUUCAGGCCAUCCUGAUUUCCUGCCUGCUGGUACUGUCCGGCAUGUUUAGUGGGCUAAACUUGGGGCUGAUGGCCCUGGACCCCAUGGAGCUCCGCAUAGUCCAAAGUUGUGGCACCGACAAAGAGAAGCGUUACGCUCGCAAGAUAGAGCCUAUUCGCAGCAAAGGGAACUACCUGCUCUGUUCGCUCCUGUUGGGGAAUGUUUUGGUCAACACUACACUCACAAUCCUUCUGGACGACCUGAUCGGCUCCGGCCUGGGGGCUGUGGUCGCUUCCACGGUUGGCAUCGUUAUUUUUGGUGAGAUCGUGCCCCAGGCACUGUGCUCUCGCCACGGUUUGGCUGUUGGGGCAAACACAAUCACGGUGACGAAGUUCUUCAUGGUAUUAACCUUCCCGUUGUCCUUCCCGGUCAGCAAGCUGCUGGACUGCGUGCUCGGCCAGGAGAUUGGCACUGUGUACAACCGGGAGAAGCUUGUAGGGAUGCUGAAAGUCACAGAGCCCUACAACGAUUUGGUGAAAGAGGAGCUGAACAUUAUCCAGGGCGCACUGGAGCUCCGAACAAAGACCGUGGAAGACGUGAUGACGCCGCUGAGCAACUGCUUUAUGAUCCAUAUCGACGCGAUUCUGGACUUCAAUACCAUGUCGGAGAUAAUGCAAAGCGGCUACACGCGCAUCCCGGUCUACGACGAGGAACGCUCGAACAUUGUUGACAUUCUGUACGUCAAAGAUUUGGCUUUCGUGGACCCGGACGACUGCACAACGCUUAAAACCAUCACCAAGUUCUACAACCACCCGGUCCACUUCGUCUUCCACGAUACCAAACUCGACGCCAUGCUAGAAGAGUUCAAGAAAGGUAAAUCCCACCUGGCCAUAGUGCAGAAGGUGAACAAUGAGGGAGAGGGGGAUCCCUUCUAUGAGGUGCUGGGUCUGGUCACAUUGGAGGACGUCAUUGAGGAGAUCAUCAAGUCUGAGAUCCUGGAUGAGUCCGACCUCUACACUGAUAAUCGCAACAGGACAAAAGUGGCCUAUAACAAAAAUAAGCCAGACUUUUCUGUGUUCAAACAAGAGACUGAAUCCAAAGUGAAGAUUUCACCUCAGCUAAUGCUGGCUGCUCACCGCUUUCUGGCUACAGAGGUGAGCCUGUUCAGCCCGCUCCAGAUCACUGAGAAGGUGCUGCUGAGGAUCCUGCGGCACCCACACGUCAUCCAGGAGAUCAAGUUCAGCGACGGCAGCAAGCAUUCGCCCCAGCACUACGUCUACCAGCGUGGCAAGGCCGUCGACUACUUCAUCCUCAUCCUGCAGGGCCGGGUUGAGGUGGAGGCGGGGAACGAGAACAUGAAGUUCGAGACGGGACCUUUCUCCUACUACGGUGUCAUGGCUUUGAGCUCUCCCCCCCUGGGUAAUGUUCCAUCCCACCUCAGUGGUCUAAACCGCUCGGCCUCUCUGACCUGCGCAGAGCGCUCUGAGUCCCUCUCCAUCAGCGGCAGUAACACCCAGCUCAACAGCUCGCCGUCUCCGCACUACACCCCUGACUUCAGCGUGCGCGCGCUCUCCGACGUGCAGUUCGUCAAGAUCACACGUUCGCAGUACCAGAAUGGGCUGAUGGCGUCGCGGCUGGACAGCACCCCGCAGUCCCCUGAAAGUGAGCACAAAAGGCUGGGGGACCCGCCCGUGCUCCCCCCGGCCCAGCCCGCCGAGCCCACGGAGAACGGGCCGGACGAGACCACCUCGCUGCUGACCGAGCAGAACUGCCUGCCGCCCAGCCGCCCCAACCACGCCCACAUGCUGAGCCAGCUCCACACCCACGCCCACACCGAGAGCACCAUCUGAGGGGCUGCAGCAGAGGGAAGCUGUGUGGAGGAGCUGGGGGGGGUGUGGGGGGUGCACACUGCUGAAGUGGAACAGGAAGAGCACAGUGGUGUACCUGCUUUAAGCCUACACACAGUAUCCUCUCCCACCUGUCCCCAACCUCUGUGUGUGUGAGAGAGUGUGUGUGUGUGUUUGCAGGAAGAGCAAGACAAGAGCUAUACUGUUCACAGAUGUAAACAGAGCUCUGGGGAUUGUGUGUGUGUGUGUGUGUGUGUUUGUUGGACACUGUUCCAAGGGAUGGGGGAUGGGGGUUUUUGUAGUGUGGUAUGUCAGUGGUCAGGAAGGCAUGUGAAUGAGAGUGAACUCUUGAUGUGAGAGUGAAGUUUGUGCAGAAAGACCACAAUUUGUGGCUUUCUAUAGAUCUUUGUGAGAAGUUUAACUUAAUUUAAGAACAAAACAUGAAAAGAAAAACCAUCAGCUUCAGGAUUGUUGCCUCAUGUAACAGGGUGGAGACACCCAGAAACCCAUAAGCAAGUGUCUGUGUUCUUGUUGGUGGGGUUGGCUUGCUGUAUAGCAUGUGGCCUUCGCACAUGGCCCUACAGUAUGCCACAACCUCAGAAAGAUGAAAAUCACACGCACUGCACAUCCACACACCUUCAUCCACAAGGGGGCACACAUCAGCAAGAACAGAGACUGAAAGAAUCAAUUUACUGUUUUAUACAAAUAUAUUAGUAUACACACAGACACUAUUCCUGUGAACCUCAUGAUUUUUUUGGGUUUCAGAGGGUCACGCUGUAACUCUUACACUACACCAGCACAGAGUCACUCUCCCUCACAGUCUCCAAGGCAACGUGUGUGUGUGUGUGUGUGUGUGUGUCUGUGUGUGUGUGUGUGUGUGCAUAAUGUCUCUGUUGUGUGAUUCAUCUGACACUAGCAAUACAUUCCCUCAAAGAAAUCCCAAGUCGGCAUGUUUUCCCCCAAAAAUUGGACCGAGGGGUCCACUGUGGGCUUUAGGAAGACAGAGGCCUGUGUAGCAGUGCGGGGAAAGCACAGCCUUUUUGGGCAGCGAGGGCAAAGUUUGGGCAUGUUUGACAGAACAUGAUUGGUCUUCCUUCAGAGUAAGUCAGCUCCUGGUAUCGCAAUGAGCCUUGAGUGGCUGAGGCAGAAAAGCUUUAGGAGUGCGCUGGUGGCUGGCUGCUAGGCUCCCCAUAUACCUGGACACCCGCCUCCCAAAUAUAUAUAUAUAUAUAUAUAUAUAUAUAGAUAGAUAGAUAGAUAUAUAUAUAUCAUAUAUGAGAUUUAUUAUAUUUAUUUUGCAAAACUGUUUAAUGUGUAUAUUCUUGAGAUUUUAUUGUGUGUUGUAUAUUCUGUUUUAUAAUCUCUUAUCUCAGUUUUACACUCGUUUUUAUUGUGUUUUUUUUUUUUUCGUCUUGCUAAAGACUUCUUGUUUCGGCUGCCAAUCUGAUUAGCUGAUAGUGGCAGCCACCGUGGCACAAAGACACGAACACAGCCUCGACAGCCCUACAGUCUUGGCUAGUUUAAAAUAUUCUCCUUAGUGCAAUAGAAGGAAUCUACAGUUUGAUUAGACUUAUUGUUAUCUGUGAAGUUAAUGCUUUAAGGACCAUCUGUACUGAACUCCCACAUGGCUUCUGCUUUAUUUAUUUAUUUAUUUAUUUAUUUAUUUCUCCGCAGUCAGGGAGCAAGCAGGCACACACAGGGAAGCUAAAUCUGGGUCCUUCUGUGGGUUCCUUCCACUCCCUGGCCCGUCCCUGCUGCUUUUGGGAUGAACUUGAACGGAUGGGCCAGAUGUACACUCCCUACAGCAGUAGACUACCCCACUGUGCGGUAGACAUUGGAGGUACCCCUUUUUAAUACCAUAGUAUUGGUCUCCAGCACUUUCAAUAACCACUGUGAAGUUUUGUAGCACUCCCACCCCAUUCACCAACCCCAGCCCGCAUCAGACUGUGAGAUUUACCACCCAUUCCCCCACCCCCCCCAAACCCCACCCCAAUGUUGGUUGAAAUUUUGAGGUUUCAAAGCAAUAGAGGUAAUGCUUGGAGAUUAUGUAUAUAUGCUAGAAUAUAAUAAGCUGAUGGGGUUUCUGUGCCCGCAAUUUUGCUUUUUAGAAUGAAGUAUCUUAUACUGGGGUGCAUCUGUGGCUCCUUCUGUUUGUUGUACCAGAAGAAGAGAGGUGUCACCCAUCACCUCUGCCUGAAAAGGCUCUUUGUGGGCAGGAUAUAGACCUGCUACCAUUUUGGGGCACUGUAUAUUAGGAUUGGAAAGGGACUAAACUGGACUUAUGAAUGGACUUAUGAAGGGAAUUGAUCAACUGUUUGUAACUUUAAACUGUGGUUCAUUGCUGUUGUGUUUUUCUAGGUUUGCGUUUGUUUGUUUUGGGUGGGGGUUUGGGGGGGGGGGGUAAGACAUUGUGUGGGCCUUCUUCAAUGCUGUGUCAGUGUUGAGUCUCCCCACCUCUCCUAUGUUGCGGUGUUUUAUUUGAUCAAAACAUAAAUGGAAGUGUAAUUAUUCAGGUGAUCAAGCAUCUGGUCAAGUAGUGCCUAUGGCUACAGAUGUAGGUGAUAAAAGUGAUUUUGUUUAAUUACUGUUCUUUGUUUGGUCAAGGUCAAGUACACUGGUGUAGAUGUUGUAACAUAAUUUGUCCACUUGGGGGAGGUCCUUCUUAAAUCCAGGAUUCCUACCUGUUCUCCCCUCGGACAAAGACACUGUGCCAGCAGUAACCAAGAUGGCAGAUGGCUCAUAUUCAGAGUUACUGUCCCUGUGUCAAUGAACCUGUGUCUGUGGCAGAAACUCCUUUUCAAAAAGACCAGGGAGGUAUGAAGAGUGCACCUCCCCAGUGACAAAUGGACUCUGCCUUGGAAGUGAAGCUAUGGCAUUCCAAAGAAUAUUUUGUCCUAUUCCAGGGGCCAGUGGUUCAACCUGACCCUCACAUAGCUACUGUUUAACUGGGUCACAGUUUUCCAGCAGGUAAAUUGAUAACUGAUGGUUUGUUUUUUUUGUUUUUUUACUGCUGGUGUAUUUCAGUGAUUAAGGGCAUCUGGAAAAUGGAUGUGAAAUACUGUAUUGGAAAUCUACAUCUGUAAAAAAAAGUCACUACAUUUGUAAAAAGCCACUUUUCCACCGCAUGGUACUGGCUCAACUUGACUCGACUCUACUCGCUUUUGGUACCAGGUAGGCUACUUCGUUUUCCACUGCAGAUAGUACCCCCAUCAAUGUAGCUGGUCGUUAUUAGCGACGCCGCAUGAAACGCGUUGCUCUGACCAAUCAGUGGUCUGCAGUGUUUUCAUGUCACCUUUUGGUAUUGCCUCAGCUCACUUGGAACCUCGGCGGAGGUGAUACCAAAAAAGUACCAGGUACCAGGUACUAUCCACAACUAUUGCCCAAUGUAAAACCAAAAAAGUCGAGUAGAGUCGAGUCGAGUUGAGCCAAUACCAUGCGGUGCAAAAUCAGCUAAAGAGAUCAUAUUUUUGAAGUAGGGUGGAGAAAAGUAUUCUUGUUUAAGAAGCACUUCCAUUCAUAAACGAUAUCCUAAGGGAUGAAGGUUCUGUUUAAAAUAAGUACUAGUACACUUACAAAUAUCUGAUGUGCUAAAAAAAUGUGAAAUUAUUGCUCAGUUUCCUCAAAUGGGUGUUGCUAAAAAAGAAAAAAAUACAAGAUUAGACUGUUUCCAGGGGCUGAGAAUAUGAUGUGGUGUCUCCUUAUUAGUGCCUUUAUGUCAUCUAGUGUUAACACUAAGGUACUGUUGUUGCUUUGGGGGAACCAGUCAGUCAAGCAGUCAGCAUCAGUGAGGGAAACUGCUGUUCCCAGGGGCUGUUGUCACAGCCAAAAAUAAAUUUAUUGUAUAUAAUAUGUUUAAAGAAACAUGCAUUAGACUAAUCUUUGCAUGGUUGCGCAAGUGUUUCAUGAAUGUUGCCUCUGAUAAAGCAUAAAACAAAAAACAACUCUAAAAGGACAACCAAAUUUGCAUUCUUGUCGUCGUUUGUUCGUGUGUCACAUUUAAUGGAAAGGUUGUGUUGUGCAAGUGUUUUUUUAUGUCUAUUCUGUUCAAUUAAAGCGCAGAGUGGUUUUAGCCUUGUUUCUCACAGUAACACAUUUUAAAGUAGCACAUCUUUUACUUUUUUCAGUACUUGCACAAGGUUUCUGUUUAUUUCAUCUUGAGCUUAAGAUGAAAAGUACUGCUGUUAACAGCUGACGGGAAAUCACUUUGUGCUUUGAUUGAACACACCCAGCCCCCUUUCUCUAUUCCCCAUGCAGUGGUCGGUAGCCGAGAUGCAUUCCUCACUCUGCACAGUGAAACAGCGUCUUGCUGACUGGGCAAAGGUAGGAAAGAGUACUCCCGCUGCCCAGCUUAACAUUGAAAUCCCUUUGUACACGAACUUGGGGGUUUGGUUUGGUACGUUAAUCCUGCUUUUCCAAAACCUUCUGCUUCUGAGGAAUGUGGCAGAAAGGGAGUUUAGAUCCAGGUUUUUUUUAUUUACUCAUUCGUAUUUAUUUAUUUUUAUUUUUUGGAGCUGAGGUUGGUGUUAGCACACAGUUGAUGAUUACAAUGAGGUGAGGGUUAAAAUUUAGAGGUGCACUUCCAGGCACAGAGCCCAUUUUCCACAAAGAGAAAUUCAACCACACACACCAUGUCAGUGUAACCACCCGUACAACUGUGUGCUGCCCUCGCUCCUUAUUUAUUUAUUUAUUUAUUUAUUUAUUUAUUUAUUAUUUAUUUAUAUGUCAAGGGACUGUGUACAUCUCAAUAUCUCAUGGCAGAUGCCUUUGAUUUCAGUGCGCCAGAGUUGACUACUUAGUCAUUUUCCUUUCUGGGCGGGAUUUAAAAAGCAGCAAAUCACUAAUGACUGACUUCUUGAUUGUUUGUACUUCCUUUUUUCCAUGUUAUUAAUUUACUGGUCCAGUAUUUUCUCCCUGUUACCUUUUCACCUUGAUGUUUUUCAUUGUAAUUGUAUUGUUGUGGUGCAGUGUCUCAGUCAUAAUUAAUGACCAUGAAAUUUUGUAACCAUGGUAGGGACGUUGGAUUAGGUAACCCACCCAAAGGUUGCCAGUUUGAAUCCCUUGACAGUGCUGUUGCACCUUCAGCCAGUGUACUUUUUGCUGUGCAAAGAAAGUAUUAUAGAUAAGUCAAAAAUGAGAGAACAGAAAUUCACCCCCCCCUCACCAAACGCUGCUCGUUUUUACUGCGCUCCCACCUUGGCGUGACAAGUCAAGUGACCCAGCCUUCUCCUUCUUCCCGCACUCUUCCUGGGGUCACAGAGCCUUAUGUCCCCGCUUAAACAAUGUUCUUUUUGGCCAUCUGGACUCACACAGAUAAGCACUUUAGCAGGGAAGGAGGUGUCCCAGGUGUAGGAACGGUACAAACAGCCAUUUCCAUGGAAAUGCUUCAGUCUAACCCUGUCACUUGUGCUUCAGACCAACCCCUGUUCGUUUGGACUCCCAGUACCAGUCUAUGGUCGAGACAUGUAUCAUAUUGGGGACUAAAAUGAUACAUGUCUCUGCCAUAGAGUGGUACUGUUGGAGUCACAGUACCACUCUAUGGUAGAGACAUGUAUUAUAUUUGGAACUAAAAAGCAAGUCAUCAUUGUCUUUUGUUGUUUAUUUACCUUUUUUUAAUCUGUCAUAUUUCCCACUCUUGCAAAUAAAAUGAAGAAAUGAAAUUUAAUUAUUUUAUUUUUUAUUUGUUUGCUUCUUUAUUUAUGUAUCGAUUUAUUUAUUUUUCUGGUAUGAAUGUCUUGCCAUAUUUCCAUGGUUGUAAUGAUGUUUUUUGAGAUAUUUCAGAUUGUAGAGUUUGACAUGUUCAAGUUCUGAGAAGUUACUUUUGUACUGUAAAAAGUAGGAUGUCAGUAAUUGUGAAAAGCACUAUUAUUGUUUUUUUUUGUUUGUUUGUUUUGUUU